GUGUCUGGUUUUUAUAAUUGAAAAUCGAAAUGGGAAACGCCGUUUAUUAAACACUGCUUCUUUCUUCGUCGUCUUCUUCUUGCUUCGCUCACUUCCAAUCCUUUUAACUCUCAGUUCUCAAAAACACCCGAAAGCUCUCCUCCAUUUCUAAUCAAAAUCCUUAUUAAUUACUUCUUCUUUUUUUUCCAAUUUUAUUAUUCAAAUUUCAUUUAUUAUUCCUUUUUGUGAUUUCUCAAAUCCGUGUUUUCUUUAUCUCUGCAAAACCCAUAAAUCUCCACGCCCUUAGUUCGUGAAUCCAUUUAUUACUGUUUUUUUUGUUUCUCUUGUUUUUGUAAAGCUUAAGUGGUGGGUUUGUUUAGGGGGGCAUGGCGAUUCCAGCGGCAGCUGUCGUCGUGCCAUUGGGCCUUCUCUUCUUCAUGUCUGGCCUCAUUGUCAAUCUUAUUCAGGCAGUUUGCUUUGUACUUAUUCGGCCUCUGUCAAAAAGUACAUACCGAAGGAUCAACAGAGUUGUGGCAGAAUUGUUAUGGCUGGAGCUUGUAUGGCUGGUGGAUUGGUGGGCUGGCGUUAAGAUCCAAGUAUACACAGAUCGUGAAACUUUUCGCUUAAUGGGUAAAGAGCAUGCACUUCUCAUAUCCAAUCACAGAAGUGAUAUUGACUGGCUUGUUGGAUGGAUUUUGGCUCAGCGCUCAGGUUGCCUUGGAAGCACUUUAGCUGUAAUGAAGAAAUCAUCAAAAUUCCUUCCGGUCAUAGGUUGGUCAAUGUGGUUCUCUGAAUAUCUUUUCCUGGAAAGAAGCUGGGCAAAAGAUGAAAAGACAUUAAAGUCAGGUCUCCAAAGGCUAAAGGAUUUCCCUAGGCCCUUUUGGUUGGCUCUUUUUGUAGAAGGAACACGCUUCACACAGGCAAAGCUUUUAGCCGCCCAGGAGUAUGCAACAUCAACAGGGCUACCCAUUCCUAGAAAUGUUCUGAUUCCUCGUACUAAGGGCUUUGUUUCAGCAGUAAGCCAUAUGCGUUCAUUUGUUCCGGCUGUUUAUGAUGUAACUGUUGCUAUUCCCAAAACAUCGCCUCCACCUACAAUGCUAAGACUCUUCAAGGGGCAACCUUCAGUGGUGCAUGUGCACAUCAAGCGCCAUUUGAUGAAGGAAUUGCCUGAUACAGAUGAUGCUGUUGGACAAUGGUGCAGAGAUAUAUUUGUGGCCAAGGAUGCUUUACUGGACAAACAUGCAGCUGAGGAUACCUUUAAUGAUCAAGAAUUGCAGGACAUGGGUCGACCAAUUAAGUCUCUUUUGGUUGUUACAUCUUGGGCGUUCCUACUUGUUUUGGGAGCUUUUAAGUUCCUGCAGUCCUCCUCACUUUUAUCCUCAUGGAAGGGUAUUGCAAUUUCAGCAUCUGGGUUGGCCCUUGUUACAGUCCUUAUGCAGAUCUUGAUUCGCUUCUCGCAGUCAGAGCGGUCUACCCCAGCCAAGGUAGCCCCAUCAAAGCACAAGAAUGGAGGAGAGCCAUCAGAGGCAAGACGAGAGAAACAGCAGUAAAACAAUUGACAUGCCUAGUGUAACAGAGCUCCAUCCAAGGUUAUAUUUUUGAGAAACUUACUUUUAUAUGUAGCUUUUAUGUUUGUUAUGCCGGCUUCAUUCGGCUUGAUGUCCUUUUAAAUCUUAUUGGUGAAUGUGAAAAUUUAGUCUCUUGGGUUUUGUACAAACAGUUUGUAUGCAUAUCGAUUCAUUAUCCGGGCGUUUGGUCAGUCUAAUUUUGUUAGACUUUCUUCUGA